GCGUGCUGCAACCGGAGAGGGCCCCCGGGCCUUCCUUGCAUGCCCUUCCCGGGACAGCUGGCCGGGCGGAAAUGCCUUCCGCAGCUGGCCGCCGGGACCUCCGAAGUCGAGGGGCGCCUGAGACAGCGGCUCUUCCAAAGCUACUCCCCCACCGUCCUCCCGGUCCGCCGGGUCUCCAGCAGAGUCCCGGUGCGGGUGGGCAUGUCUCUCUCGCAGCUGAUCAGCUUGAACGAAAAAGAUGAAGAGCUGACCACAAAAGUCUACAUGGAUCAGGAGUGGAUCGACUAUCGGCUCACCUGGGAUCCGGCCGACUUUGAGGGGGUCACCUCUGUCAGAGUCGGUGCAGAGGAAGUGUGGCUCCCUGACAUCGUCCUCAUGAACAACAAUGACGGUGUCUUCAAAAUUGCUCUCAGCGUGAACGUCCUCGUGCACCACGACGGAAGGGUCCACUGGCAGCCCCCGGCCCUUUAUCGGAGCAGCUGCAGCAUCCAGGUGACCUAUUUCCCAUUCGACUGGCAGAACUGCACGAUGGUCUUCCGGUCGUACACUUACGACGCCUCGGAGAUCACCCUUUGGCACCCCGUCGACGAGAACGGGCAGGACGUGAAGGAGAUCAGCAUAUAUGAAAACACCUUUAUUGACAACGGGCAGUGGGAGAUCCAGCACAAACCGGCCCGCAAGAACAUCCACCCGGGGGACCCGCUUUACGAGGACAUCACCUUCUACCUCAUCAUCCGCCGCAAGCCGCUGUUCUACCUCAUCAACGUCAUCAUUCCCUGCAUCCUGAUCACCAUCCUGGCCAUCUUCGUCUUUUAUCUCCCGCCGGAUGCCGGUGAGAAGAUGACCCUCUCCAUUUUCGCUCUCCUCACCCUGACCGUCUUCUUGCUCCUGUUGGCCAAAAAGGUCCCGGAGACGUCCCUGGCGGUGCCCAUCAUCAUCAAAUACCUCAUGUUCACAAUGAUCUUGGUCACUUUCUCCGUCAUCCUCAGCGUGGUGGUCCUCAACAUUCACCAUCGCUCACCCAAUUCCUACAAGAUGCCCUUCUGGGUGAGGCAGAUUUUUAUCCACAAACUCCCUUGGUAUUUGUGCCUGCGGCGCCCAAAGCCGAAACUGGCUCUCCAGCCCCACUCUCUGCCCCACAAGGAGACUGUGGUAAAAAGCAGCUGCCUCACUGACGAAUACUUUAUUCGCACCCCCACCUGUGACUUUUCCAAACCCAGCAGGUUUCAGCUGGAGGCCUUCUCCACAGACAUGCGGAAGUUCAUCAACGGCCCCAGUCAUGGUAUCGCCCUCCCUCCCGACUUGAAAUCUGCCAUGGAUGCUGUCUUAUACAUCGCCCAGCAGCUUCAGGAGCAGGAAGAUUAUGACACACUGAAGGAAGACUGGGAAUAUGUUGCCUUUGUGGUAGAUCGGCUGUUCUUCUGGACCUUCAUCAUCUUCACCAGCAUCGGCACCCUCAGCAUCUUCCUGGAUGCCAGCUUCCACCUGCCCCCGGAGCAGCCUUUCCCCUGAG